AGAUGCUAGAUAUGCUGUAGCAAUGUCUCAGACAGCCACAGAGAGAGAGUGUGAGGUAACUGCGUGCUAAUGAACUAGAAGAAAACUACAGGAACUGACAGUUUGAGGUGGGUGAACCAUAUUCACGAACGCUCACGCUGUCACAUGCUAAACUACAAUGCAUCAAGCAACAGACUACGCUCUCCUGGGAGCGUCAGGAGGGACAUCGCCACCUGCACUGCCCAUCAGACAGCGCAGGAGCAGGUCUUCUUCAAGCUCCAUCCAGGAUCUAGAGCUGAAGGUGGGAGAUCUACACUUGCCUGGACCACAGACCCCCGUGUCUCCAUUUACUGAAGUGUUUACUCCUACUUACUGUAAUGCAGUCCACUGUCCAAUACAUCAUCGCUAUGAAAAUCACCAGAUGAGAUUCUUCUCAGACGAAACUCCACCUCCAGUACCUAAAAAGAGUCUGACGAGUACCCUAUCCCUCCCAGAGGAGACUCUGGACCCACCUUACCACUCUCAUACAAGAACCUGCAACUAUGAAAAUCCCCUAUAUAUGAUAACACCAUUCCACGACACACUUACACUACAGGAGGAAGAGGUACAAGAGGAGAAAUAUCAGGGUCUGUCCUUGCACAAGGUGACCUUUGAUACACCAGAUGAGCAACUUCAAAGUGUCUUCAGAAGCUUCCAGAGCCAUGAGCAAGUUUCCAUGGGCAUCCAAGAGUGUUAUCUUCAGUUUCUCAAGAACACGUUGCAGAACAUUGAAUCGAGCGUCUUCCUAAAUGAACAGGAAAUGGAGAUGGCAAAGACUUCUCAGCCUAAUGACUUUAUUUUGUGUGAGCAGCAGUGGACUGAGAGGGAUGGUUUCUACUUGGUGCGUUGUCUAAAGGUUCCUGGGAGACUGUUUUCAGCGAAGGUUCACAGAGGGGAUUCAGUAUUAGACUGCACCAUGUCCAUGCCACAUCCUAACACUGAGCAAGGGUUGGUCCAUUUUCCACAGUGCACAGCUACGGAUCAAACUUCCACCUCACAGCAUGCUCAGACAACCCCAGAGCCUUUACAUGGGGACACCACUGAAGUAUGCCAACAGCAAACAGUUUCUGAUCUUCUGGAGAAAGGUGUUAGUGUGACUGUGGUAAGAGACUUUCCAUUGGGAACACUGGAGGACUUUGUUGAGGAAGGACACUCUUUGCACUCCACCCUUCCUGAGGUCUAUGAGAGGAGGCUUUGUCUUCUUGCCCUCCAGUUGGUGCUAGGACUACAGCAACUGGGACAUUUUAAAGUCAUUCACAGGGAAUUUAAACCACAGAGUGUGACAUUAGUGUGGCCUAGUAUCGCGCGCAAAGAGGCUGACUCUAAUGAUUACCCUAGUGAGAUGAAAAGGGGAAGCAUGAAUACAGAAACUUUUACAGGUAUACCCAUGAUCACAGUAUCCAAAGAGCACACAGACUACGAAAGGACGAAAAGUGAGAUUUGUCAAACCUUAUGGGAGAAGUGGGGCACACCUCGUUUGGUCCUGAAGAGUCAUUUUGAGGAUGAGGUUUUGCAAGAAGCAAAAUCCCAAGAGUUCCAGUUGGGGACUUUGCUGGGCUACUGCCUACAUCUCAACGACAGUUGCUCAUCUGUGUGGAAGGUGCCUCAAGGCACUCCAUACACUCCAGGCUUGCUGUGGCUGGUCACCCAGCUUACAUCUGAGAAACCUGGGCUACUAUUAGCCGAUGUGGUGGGUGUCCUCCAGGCCCUGCUUUGGGGUCCUCGACAGGGACUCUUUCAGCAAAACCAAAUGGAGAUCUCUGUGCUUUCUAAUUGGCUACUACUUAAGAGUUCUCUUUUGGUUCUCAAGCUUGCCGAAAAAGGACUCUUUCAGGAUCAGACUGGCUUGGACUGGGAAGACUAUCUCUGUCUGCAAUAUCUAUCCCUUACUGACCCAGAGACUAUGCGUAGCAUAACUGAACGUAUGGGCCUUCAUGAUUUCAUUACAACUGCUUAACAGAUAAAAAUGUAAAUAGCAAUGACAGCAAUGGUGAGUUGGUGAGCCUCAGAUAUAACUAAUCUAUACUUCGUAAUGUCACUGAUAUGAUGUAAAAGAACAGUUUUACAAUCCUAAGAACAGAUCACCUUGUCCCAUAUUUGUAAUUCAUAUUCAUGAGCUGCUGUAUAUUUCAGGAGCCCUGCACAACGCACAGAAAAAUCUAGAUAUUGUGGCAACAAAUGAAGAAUUUGUCCCUUAUUUUAAUUAAAUCGGGGCCAAGUUUGAUUGUUCCCUCGUUUUUUUUGGUAAAUUGUUGCAAUGUUGUACUAACUGGUUUUAAUUUAGGCAGAUCAUUGCCACAAUUUAAAGGAACAAAUUAUUUUUUUGUCGUGUACAAGGCCCAUACAUAUGCAUCACUACUCUUUCCAUUUUUCCCCCAAUUCUUCUUGCUACAAAAUUAACAUGUAAAACACUUGUUACAUAUUUAUACUGCUUUAUCAUAUUCAGAGGUGUCAGGCUACUCCCACUUACAGUAAAGGCCUAAGCAAUAUAAACUAUGUAUUAUUGCAAAAUCAGCUUAUUGUUGGAGUUUGACCUUGUGGCGUUUACUUAUUAACAAUACCUGGAAAAAUUAGCAUUAAGAAACAUUCAACAGGGUUAAAAGAGCAAUAAAGCCUUCUAAAAACCUAGUAAGACAUGGUCUAAUAAUUUACAUUAUGCUUAUGGAAAUGAAUAGAGGUAGCAAAACGAAGGUAGUGGUGUAAGGUGAGCAUUUUUAUUCUGCACACUGUCAAACAUGCAGACAGAUCCUAUUGAAGUCAUAACUAAACUCCAAUUCAUGCACACAUUAAGAAACGCAACAACUUGAAGACACUGGUAAAAAGAAAAUCAACAUAUCAGCAAUGAACACCAUGAUUCUACAAACAUUGUUGAUUGAGGGAUCUUAACCAUAAAUAUUAUGCACUAAAAAGGAUCAGUGUGGGAAUGGGUGAAGGGAAAUCAGCAAAGAAUCCAAUUACAUUGGAAGUUAAGCCCAGUGGUAAUGGCUUAAAAA